AUGGAGGGCUAUCUCAUGAAAAAGGGCUGGUUCAACCAGUGGAAGAUGCGUUAUGUCACUUGUUCAGAUCAGAAGCUUAGUAUCUACAAAAACAAGGGCGACAGAGAAGGAAGUAUCUUCAACGUAUUAAAUUGUUCCAUCAAAAUGAUCGAACAGAAGAGAUGGAACAGAAAAUUUGUAUUCCGUGUAAAAAUUGCAGACAAAAGAAUCUACCUCGCCGCUGAAGAUGAAAUUACACUCAAGAAAUGGACAAAUUGCAUUCAAGGCAGAGCUCAAAGAGCUUCUCUUCUUGGUGCAAGCUGCAUCAGAGAAUCAUUAGAACCAAAGGGAAACGCUCAGUCAGAUUUACACAAACGCAGAUCGUCUACAAUUGCUUCUCUUUCUCGCAAUGACUUCCAAAAUAUUACAAACUUCAGAUCAGAGAAGUUCGCACAAUCAUACGUUGAUGCAUCACUUAAGCGUGAAGAUCCACAAUCUCAAUUCCAAUUCGCUGAAUCUUGUGGCGAAUUUCUUGCAUUUGCUCAUUCAGCAAGCCAAGGCAUAUUCAAUACAAACAGGAUCAGAGAUAUUGAAGGUUACAAUGUCAAACUCAUCACAGAUCCAAAUGAACGCAAAGAAAAAUUAAAUCAAAUGAGAGCUCUUCAAGCUCUUGUUGAUCAGAACAUUCCAGGAGUCUACGUUCCACUUCAAUGCAUCAUCGAUUACUACGGCCAGACUCUUUACUUCGAAUCUAAAGUUGAUAAUCCAACAACAGCCCUUUCACCAAACAAUGCUGAGCUUCUUUCAUCCCUUAAGCUCAAACACUCAUCAACAAAGGCUGUACAAGACUCUAAGGGUCGUCUUUGGAUUCUUUCUGGUGAAGGAUAUUACAAUCGUGCUUCUAAGAAGGAAGUUGAGACAUUUGUCAAACUUCUUGACAGAAUGAAAGUUUUCGUAUUCGAUUCUCAAAGCCUUCACGAGGAAAUGUCAAUCCGUCGCAUUCCUGUUUCAGAAUUACCAACAAUGUCGAAGAUGACACAGAUUCCUGCCAUCAGGAUUCUUCUCGAGACCGAAAUGAUUGCAAGAGUUUGCAAGCAAAUCUUCCUCGAGAUCACAAGCUCUUUAUCUCCAGGAGAAAGAAAUGAAGCCGCUUUGAAUUUCUUCAAUGCUGUUCUCGGAAAAGGAGAAGAAUCAGACAAGAUGUGGUCUGAAAGAAUCACUCCAGGAGUCAGAGCUAAGUUUGGUGUUAAGCUUGACAGGUCAAUACCUUUCAUGCACAUGCCACAACUCUUCUUCUCUCUUCAGUUCCAUACAGGUGUUGACUUCAAAGACACUGAUUCCUACAAUUUCAACCAGAAAUCACCGCUUUCUGUUGAUGAUUUGAACUCAUUGAACGCUGUUCCACAUCACAGACUUGUCCAACUCUGCUACAUCAUGAGAGGUCUUAACAAGAACCCAGUUUCCCUCUGCCAGGAAGGUUUCUAUGAUGAAGCCAUGUUGGAUUUCAACAACAAAAUUUCUGUUUAUCAAAGUAUCUUCGGUGAUGAAAAUAUCUUCGUCGCAUCAGGUCUUUCUCUUCUUUCUGCUGCUUACUUAGGUACAGGAGAUGUUGAGAAGGCUGAGAUCUGUGCAAAUGGAGCUCUCAAUGCAGGAAGAAACAUCCACUGCGCUUUAGUUCCUGCAUACAUCACUCUCAUUUCAACAGCUCUUGGCAUUGAACAAAUCAACCAAUACAUGGCUCGCGCUAAGCAAUUAGUUACAUUCCAGCUUGGUGACAAGCAUUGGUUCAUUGCUGAUAUCCUUAUCGCAGCAGCACAAGCUUUCCAGAACCUCGACAAGAACAAAGAAGCAAUGACAUUGAUCGAAGAAGCCAUGGAACUCUGCAAAUCUUUGCUCGGAGUUUCUCAUCCAAAGACAUCAAAGACAUUCUUGAUCAUGGGCAAACUCCAGACGACACUCAGACAAUAUGGACAAGCUGAAUCUCUCGUCCAACAAGCUUUGUAUUCCAUUAAGGCUGAAUACGGAGAUUCAAGUGUCGAAUACGGAGAAUGCGUUUACAUGUACGCUGAUGUUUUGAACGAUGAAGGAAAAAUCGAUGAAGCAUUGCCUUACGCGAAGAAAGCUUAUGAGAUUCGCUCUCAAGCUUACGAAGAAGAAUCAGCACAAGUCAUAGAGAGUAUCCAGCAACUCGCUGUUAUCUAUGAUCAGUUGAAUGAAGCUGAUGAAGCUUACGUUUACUACAGAAAGUUACUUGAGUUCUUGAAGAGAUUGGAAGAUGAACCAAUCUUCGAGGAAACAGUCAGAGUUUUCAGGAACGUCAUCUGUCUUUUCUUCAGAACAAUUGGAGGAAAACAGAGACAGUUAGUCAACCAAAUCAGAAGAAGAAAUGUUCCUAAGUUAGAGGAAAUGAUGCUUUCUGUUUUCACUCAAUUGAUCGAAGGUGAUCCAAUUACUUUCGCUCAAGAACAAGUGGAGAAAUACAACAGAACAGCUGAAACAAUCAACUUCGAUAACUUGGCAAUCCUUUACCACAUCGCUACUGAUGACCUUGAGUCCUUGAAAUGGUUAGAUGAACAUUGA